AUGGCGAAGACACCUACCGAGUCCGCGGGGUCGGAGCGCCCGCCCGCGUCGGAAGAGCCCGUCCAGUCCAUCGAGCAAGAUGGCAAGGGUGACAACUCUCAGGAGCCCCAGGAGGGUGCAGAGGGGGUCAAGAAUGAACAGGCCACCGGAGAUGUUACGGAAGACCAAUGGAGGGCGAUGAUGGAUGUGGUGAUGGCCAUCUAUAACUACAGAGAAGAAGAUGGCCAUGAUCCCUCGAGACUCUUCCAGCGCAGUGUCAAUAAGCGCAAUGUUCCCGAUUAUUAUGAUAUCAUCAAGGAGCCUAUGGCUCUGAGUAUCCUGAAGCAGAAGAUCAACAAGCGCGAGUAUAAGAACUUCCGCGAGUUCGUGCGCGACUGCGCCUUGAUUCCACACAAUGCGCAAACCUACAAUCGUCCCAAAUCGCAGGCCUACGAAGAUGCGCUCGUGAUCAAGGAUGUCUUCGUCUCCGAGUUCAAGAAACUGGUCGAGCAGGGUCUCGUUAGCGCUGAUGAGGUUGAGCUGCCAGAUCUGGGUGAGAUCCCGGAAGCGGAUCCUCUGCCCAGCGAGAACGAAGAGGAAGAAGAAGAGGACGACGAAGAAGACGACGAAGACGCAGAUGACUCCGACGAUGAGGGUCGCCGCCGGAGAAAGCGUGGUGGCCGUGUUAGGCGAGAGGGAGGCAAAGAUGACGCCCACAAGAACGACCCUGAACUCCGUAAGAAGCGAGGACGACCACCGCGCGUUGACACACCCAUGGAGGCCAGGAUCAAAGCUGUGUUGAAGGGGAUCCGGAAGUUCAAAGAUAACAGCGGUCAGCUGAAGGUCCGGCACUUCGAAAAGCUGCCGGACAAGGCAGCGUAUCCCGAUUACUACAUGGAGAUCAAAGAGCCGAUGGCGAUUGAUCUGAUCAAGAGGAAGUCGAAGCGGAAGAAGUAUAACUCGGUUGACCACUUCAUGAGGGAUAUGGACGUCAUGUUCAACAACGCCAAAUCCUACAACCAGCCCGAUAGUCAGCUGUACAAAGAUGCCGAGGAUCUGCAGGUCGAGGCUCACAAGCUGGCAGAACAGGAGAAGAAGAAGCCCGAUAGUGAGUACCUGAUGGAGGACGGUCGUCUGCCUCUUCCGGAUGGAAUCCUGCACAACGGCGAGCUGUGGAAAGUAGGCGAUUGGGUGCACAUCCAGAACCCGAACGACGUGACCAAACCCAUCGUAGCACAGAUCUAUCGGACCUGGCAGGAUGCGGAGGGCCAGAAGUGGGUGAACGCGUGCUGGUACUACCGCCCUGAGCAGACCGUGCACCACUACGAGAAGCACUUCUACCCCAACGAGGUCGUGAAGACGGGUCAGUACCGAGACCACCAUAUCAGCGAGGUGGUCGACCGCUGCUUCGUGAUGUUCUUCACUCGUUACAAUCGAGGUCGUCCUCGAGGUUUCCCUCCGGACAAGGAGGUCUAUGUCUGCGAAGCUCGUUACAACGAGGAGAAGCACAAAUUGAACAAAAUCAAGACCUGGGCUAGCUGUCUUCCAGAUGAGGUGCGAGAGAAGGAUUAUGAGAUGGAUCUGUUCGAUAUGCCCAGGAAGAUCAAGAAGAUCCCAAGUCCGAUCAAGCACCUGCUGAAGGAAGAUGCGAAGGAGACAGAUGAUCUCCCCAAGCCGACCUGGGGCGCUGAGAAUGCGCCGCCCAUUGUCGGUGCGGUGCAUCGUCGACCCAGAGACGACAAUGAAUCCCCGCCUCCAGAACCAACACCAUCUCCUCCACCGCAGCCUGCUCCUCAACCUGCUCUGCCUCCCGCUCCAUCUCGACAAGCCUCUAUCAGUCACCCCGUGGGCCGUCAGAGCGUCGAUAGUCAAGGAGAUACCACCAUGGCUGCCACGGUGCCCCCGCCAGUAGCUCGCUCGCCAGCAGCGCCGCUGCCUAUGGUGCAGCACUCGCCAGCUCCUGUGCCUCCGCCGGUAUACCAUCAGCCUCGAGUGCCUCUUACUCCCUCCUACCAGCCUGCAUUCCCCAACCGUUCGGGCAGCUUUUCGGCACAGGCUCCUCACGCGGCCGUCUACCAGGCGCCUGCGGUACCACAUCAAUACGCUGCAGCUCAGCAUUCGCCGUAUCCAGCCUAUGCUGGACAGCGCCUUCCAGCUGGAUCACCAGCCGUCUACAACUUCAACGCGCCUCGUCCGAUCGAAACAUUCCAUCUCAGCGAUGCUGCGAACGCCGCGAUCCCAGCAGACAUCCGCGAACAAUUCCACCGCGACGACCAGGGCCGUGUCCUAUUCUUCUCCGCUCCCCCACUGGACAUCGUACCUUCAGUCGAACAACGACUGGGUCAUUCGCUAAAGUACCUAGCCGCCAAGGAGGAGCGCCAGAAGCUGAUCGAAGAGAAGAAGCGGAAAGAAGCCAACGAGCAAGCAGAGCGCGAACGAGCUGCCAAACGCAAACGGGCCGAUGAACAGACCGCCCUUGCACGCAAAGUCCAACGUCUAACCGAGGACGCGAUCCGUAUCCUCUCUGAACAAAUCUCCUCAGGCACAGAUGGAUACUACAAAGAACACUACGGUGACAAAGCCGAAGAAGCCAAACUCGCCGACCUGAAGAAGCGCCAGCAGCAGAUCCUCAAGGACCGACUAUCGCAGGAACAGACAUCUCAAAUCCUAGCGCAAUCUGCUCAGAAACGCUCUUUCAUCAGCUUGAAGGGCUCUGCUUUCUAUUUGGAUGAUAUUGACCCUCGAGUUUGA